GCGCUGCUGGUGCUCAGCGCGUUGUGGGAGGCAUGCGAGUCGCUCGGCCUCCUCCCGAAGCAGCUGAAGUGGAUCCCCCUUCCAGUACUGCCGAAGCCUGCGGGUGCGACUAGUAAUGCAUGGACGCUGGCUGCUAGAACCAAGGCGGCAGUGUCAUCCAACAUGCCCUCCGUCACCCUGGUGACUGACUACUCCAAGUACUACGAGGAGGUCGACCUGGACGCGCUGCAGUACAAGUUUGACAACAUGAAGGCGCCCACGGGCUUCGCGAUGCUGGGUGGUGAAAUGCGCAUGCGCUAG